AUAAAUUUUAAUUUUUUGCUAGAUCAACUAUAUGUUAUUUUUGAUUUUUAACACAAUAAUGUAGACUGUAAUUCCCCAUCCAUUGUAUAUUUAGUUAUGCCUACGGUUUCCGUCCUUAAGGACGAAUUUUUCCACCAGCUGGGGGUCGAAAUUUCUCUGGAGGAACUCGAGUCACUGUGUUUCGACUUUGGUGUUGAGUACGACGGAACAGAAACUGACGAAAAUGGGAAGGAAUUAAUUAGAAUUGAGAUACCAGCUAAUAGAUACGACCUUCUGUCACUGGAAGGUUUGGUCACAGCCUUCUCAUGUUUCAAGUGGAAUCUCCAACCUCCUAAUUUCACUCUUGUCCCAUGCAAACCACCAUAUUAUUCUAGAAUUGAUGUACAAAAAGAGAACUCUUCAAUUCGUCCCUAUGUAUUUUGUGCAGUUUUGAGAGGCGUUGUUUUAAAUGAAAACAGAUAUAAAAGUCUAAUAGACAUGCAAGAAAAGCUACACCAAAAUUUGUGUAGAAAGAGAACAAUCGCAGCAAUUGGAACCCACGAUAUGGACACAGUUACGCCUCCCUUUACAUACACAUUUGAACGCCCAGAGGAGAUUAUUUUUUCUCCUUUAACUGACCCUAGUAGAGAAUAUAAUGGACUAGAGUUGAUGGAAACAUACGAUUCACACCCUCAGCUAAAAAAUUACUCGAAACUACUCAAAGGGGCUCCCUACUACCCUGUUAUCAGAGAUAGUGAUCGCAAUGUGUGCUCUUUACCGCCUGUAAUUAAUUCCUACAGGUCUAGAAUCACACUAAACACAAAAAAUAUAUUCAUCGAAGUCACCUCGACUGAUUUGAACAAGGGCUCAAUGGUUUUGAAUCAACUGGUAUCAUCAUUUUCAAAGUAUUGCAAGGAGCCAUACACAAUUGAACCAGUGCUAGUUCAAUACGACAUUCCAGUGACGACACCUGACUUGUCCAGGCGGAGUUUAAGGGCUUCAGUUCCAUACCUUUCUAAUUUGGUAGGAAUAAAGGAGUUAACAGCUGAAUAUGCUUGUGAACUCCUGGAUAGAAUGAUGGUAAAGUCUCAAGUCGUGGACCCUGAAACCAUAGAGUCCACGAUUCCAAUCACAAGAUCAGAUAUACAACACCCAUGUGAUCUUGGCGAGGAUAUAGCAAUAUCUUACGGAUAUAAAAACAUUAAGAGGACCAGGUUUACCAUGGGGAAUCUACUUAAAAAAACACUUUUGGCUGAGAAAGUCAGGUUCGUGUUUACAAGUUGUUCUUUUAAGGAAACUCUAAUGCCGGUUUUGGAUUCAUUCAAAUCAUCUUAUGAAAUGAUGUGUAAACCUGUUCCGAAAGAUGAUGAUAAAAGGGCUCCAGUUGUAAUUAAAAACGGACAACUAAGUGAGAAUGAAACUGUAAGGACGUCACUGUUACCAGGACUUUUAAAAACUGUACAUUAUAAAAAAGGGUCAAAUCUACCAAUUCGGUUAUUCGAGGUGGGAGAAGUGGUUUGGAGGAGUGAAGAUUCCGAUGUAGGAGCAAAGAAUAAUACUAACUGUGGUUGCGUGUAUGCCAAUACAAGUUCAGGACUUGAGGAAGUGCAAGGGGUUUCUGAGCUUCUGUUAAAUAAUCUAGGAUUUGUGAGUGAGUACCAAGUGUGGGAAUACAACGAGCUAGAAAAACCAAUACCGGAAUCCUGGAAUCAAAGGUACAAACUCGAGGAAAUUGAAGACCCUUCCUUUCUAUCUGGGAGAUGUGUAUCAUUUGUUACCACCUCCGAACCACGAGAGACCUUCGGAACCAUGGGAAUAAUACACCCGAACGUUUUAAAGAACUUCCACAUACCAUUUCCAGUUUCGCUGUUUGAGAUGGAUUUGACGUUGAUUCAGAGGAUUAUAAGUUCUAACUGAACACGCAUUACCACACAUUAACAUUUGUCCAUAUCACUGAA